GCGAGAUAUUUUAUCGAAUCCGAAGAUGGUGUAAGAGAAAAUGUAGAAAAUAAAAGAAAAUCACCAUCGAAAGCACCUAGUAAAGCUACCAUUCCCCAUUUUGGAAGUGAAUCAGAGUCCGACGAUGAGGAAGAAUUGUUGCAGUUAAUUCAACAGUUUCAAGCAAAAGAGAAACCUUGGGGCGAAGAUUCAUGUGAUGAAGAGGAGGCUGAUGCAAUCUGUAAUGAUAUAAGUGAAGUAAAGGUGAUCAAAAGAACUCCCGAGUUGAGUGAAAAUCCUUUAAGCAUAAUUCGUGCGCCUGAAAAACACUACAAGGCUCUAUCUGCGAGAGUAAUGACGAACGUGACUAAUUUGGACACAUUUUUCGUGCCUCCAAAAGUUGAAGUUGUCAAUGGAAAGAAAGAAGUAAUGGAGGGAAUUCUUUUCUACAAAUCAGAAAAUGAAAAGCAUGUAGAUCUCAUUGAACUUGAGAACUCAGACGAUGAAGC